AUGCUAAGACUAAACAGAGCAUAUGUGAUUUUGCUCAUCUCCACUUUAUCCUUUUUUAUCUUGCUACUCUACCCACGUGCAUUUGCAUGCACACAUAUAAAUGCAGGUUUAUCAUAUUCAGAGAAGAAUCGCUUUCGGCAGACACUAGAUUUUCACGAACGUGAGGAGUGCUUCCAUGAAGAGAAAUUAGCGAUGCUACAGAGACGACUGGACCAGGUGGAGGCAGAAUUAAGUCAAAUGCGUGAUAUUUCAUCUCCUCAGAAGAUAUCACCUGAAAUCAGUCAAUCGGUUGGCACAAUGUUCAGCCAAGUGGAGAUGGGUUUGUAUCCGAGUUAUCUUCCGCCACCUCCUCAACGUGUGCCUCCUGUGCAUUAUUAUAUCAAUCAAAUACCCUCUCUUUUGUCUAAAUCUGAUUUUGCUGUUGAUCCUACUUCUGAUCCUGCCACUUUGUCACGAAUUAUUGACACCAAGUUAGAGCCAAGUACAGAGAAGAACCAACUUUCCCCGAGUCAGCUGUCUACUUCCGCCCCAGUUCCUUGUUUAGCUGUCUGUCACUCGGUCCGAUCACCUUCAGUUCUUCUCGAUCCAGCAGUUCUGAUCAUUGAGUCCGAAUCCAAGCUCCAAAUUAUUGGAUAA